CGCGUGUCAUUGCUACUCGCUAACAGCUAAAACCCGCCGCCUUUCUUUAUAAUCAAGACUUAACCGCAACGUAUGGAUUCAGGUUCGAUUAAAGCAAACUUUACCUUCGAGUUAGAUUUCUAGUUUCCAUAAACAGAGCAAAUGAAAUGAGGAAUGAGUUUUAAGAUUGCAGUGUCUCCUGAUUAAACACCUGGAUGUCCUCUUUGAUUAUAAAUACAAUCAGCCUAUGCUCCACCAUAAAGUCAUCACAUCUGCCUUCAUCAGCUCCACCUGUCAUUUGCCGCUUGGAGAAAACCUCCAAGGUGUUUCAGGGAAUACCGUGUGUAGAAUAUGUCUGGCCCUGUCCCAAGUCGCUCUCGAGUUUACCCUGAUGUAAACACACAGCGACCCAGAGAGUACUGGGACUACGAAUCCCAUGUGGUAGACUGGGGAAAUCAGGAUGACUACCAGUUAGUGCGAAAGCUUGGCCGGGGAAAAUACAGUGAAGUGUUUGAAGCCAUAAACAUCACGAACAAUGAGAAAGUAGUCGUCAAAAUACUCAAGCCAGUAAAAAAGAAGAAAAUUAAACGAGAAAUAAAAAUUCUGGAAAACUUGAGAGGAGGUCCCAACAUCAUAUCACUUUUAGACAUCGUAAAGGAUCCUGUGUCACGAACGCCAGCGCUGGUCUUUGAGCAUGUCAACAACACAGACUUCAAGCAACUCUAUCAGACGUUAUCAGACUAUGACAUUCGCUUCUACAUGUAUGAAAUUCUUAAGGCUCUGGACUACUGCCACAGCAUGGGGAUAAUGCACAGAGAUGUAAAACCACACAAUGUUAUGAUCGACCAUGAACACAGAAAGCUUCGGCUGAUUGAUUGGGGUUUGGCAGAGUUUUACCACCCAAACCAGGAGUACAACGUGCGUGUGGCAUCCCGAUACUUUAAAGGUCCUGAACUACUUGUGGACUAUCAGAUGUAUGACUACAGUCUGGAUAUGUGGAGUCUCGGAUGCAUGCUGGCCAGUAUGAUCUUCAGGAAGGAGCCGUUUUUCCAUGGACAUGACAACUAUGAUCAGCUUGUUCGGAUAGCAAAGGUUCUGGGUACCGAGGACCUGUAUGAUUACAUUGACAAAUACAACAUUGAACUGGACCCACGCUUUAAUGACAUUUUGGGCAGACACUCCCGCAAGAGAUGGGAACGAUUUGUGCACAGUGAGAAUCAGCACCUGGUCAGUACAGAAGCUCUGGAUUUCUUGGACAAGCUGCUACGUUACGACCACCAGGCUCGACUGACAGCCCGCGAGGCCAUGGACCACCCAUACUUCUACCCCAUUGUAAAAGACCAGGGCAGAGGUGCACCAGCUCCAGGAAUGGCUGCCAGCUCCACACCAGUCAGCUCCUCUAGCAUGAUGGCAGGCAUUACCUCUAUGACUCCGAGCGCACAGCCCAACAUCGCCAACAUGAGUGCUGGUUCUCCCAUCAUCCCUGCCCCAAACACAAUGGCCACACAAGUGCCCACUGCCGCAGGAGCCCAGCCCUGAACACCAACUGCCCCUAUGUGUCUCUCUCUCUCUAUCUCUCUCUCUCUAUCACAUCUCUCGCUCUCUCUUCUGUGGGCCUGCUUGGAAUUGUGAAUCGGGGUCGUUGAUUUCGUUAUUUUUAUUAUGUUGCAAAUAACACAGAACUAAAAUGUUAAGUUGCCGUUUUGUUUUUGCUCUUCAGUUGUGUUGUUUAAGGGUUUAUGGACUCAAGGAAACCCAUCAUGUUUUUUUUGCACCUGUCUGUGUGAGUUAGAAAAGCAUAUGGGUGUGAGCGCUCUAUCACAGUGACUGUUUAGAAACACACUUAAAUGUCCACCUGAAGAAGGUUAAUAAAAUUAAUUUUAUAUGUCCCUCUAGCAUUCUUGUGCUUGAACACCAUUUCACUUGACUGACUUGUUUUUAAAUGGUUUUUAUUUUUUAAAGGCAGAGCUUCUUUGUUAUUUUAGGCUCUGCUUUUGCGUGUUUUACAAUUUGAAUCUCGAUUCUCAAGACUUCACAAACCCGGUGUUGUAAAUAAUGAACUUCAAGACGUCACACAGAGUCGGUUGUUCCUGAAUAUUGAAGAAUAUGCUGAUGGGGAUAAAAGAAAGCUGCUUUACUGGAGGUAUGCUGGGUCAGAGAGCUGUUUAUGCUGGAGUCAUGAUCUACCCAGUCAUGCUGUUCCAGCUUCGCAUUUGGACCGAACAAUUCAAACAAAACUACUGUUAACAUUUCUAAAGAUUUGUGUUCGAUCAGUGUAUGACAAAAUACCUUUGCCGAUAAUGAACAUCUUAUAUUUCAGUUCAGCUGUGCUGGUUUUGUGUGUGUGUGUGUGUGUGUGUGUGUGUGUGUGUGUGUGUGUGGUUGGUUUUUGGACUUGCUCCCAGAUCUUGUUAGAGUCAAUAGUAGCUGUUUGAGGUCUUGUACCAAUCGCUGAGUAACACAAUCAAUAAUAUGCCAAUUUUUGUGUUACCUUCAGUUGUGUGUAUGCGUGCGAGUGUGUAUGAAUGUUUUUUUUUUAA